UUUUGCAACAUACUAUAUAACACGAUAUACAAUUGACUUGUUCAAUAUAUCGAUUGUGGCCGUUAAGUCGUAAUUUGUAAUUAGUAAUGAAACUAAAUUAUUAUUUUUUUUUAAUUUAUUUCUUCGGUACAUUUUUAUUAGGCAUUAUUGCUGACGAAGUUUGCGAUAAAUCAAAAUGCCCUGGACCGCUUGCAUACUACGAGAGCUUAAACUGUAAGCCAGUUUAUAAAUCAUCAGGCGAUUGUUGUGCUUACAAGUAUGAUUGUGAUAAUUUGAAUCAAAGAUCUAAAAAAAAAUGUUACGUCAAUAAUGAAACAUAUGAAAUUGGAGAAAAACUUAAAGAGGAACAUGCGAACCCUUGCGAUAUCGGAUGUACUUGUAGAGAAGGACAUGAUGGCAUUGCAGUAUUUAAGUGUGCUGUAGUAGAUUGUUUUUUUGGACCUGUGAAACCUAAUUGUUAUCGUAAAAACAGUCCUCUUGAAUGUUGUCCUGGCGAAGAAGUUUGUCCUGAGAAUCAAGAAGAUAGAGCAACAUGUCAAGUUGAUGGUAAAGAAUAUAAAGAAGGUGAAAAUUUUGAAGCAAAAUCAGAUUCGAAUUUAAAUUGCGUUUGCCAACCUGGAUACAAAGGAGAAAAUAUUGAGCCUUUUUGUGCAAAACCUAAACAUCCUUAUUGUAGCCCCGAUUUCCGUCAUGCUUCCGAUAUUUUUAAUGAAUGUGCUCCGGUUUAUUAUAGUUCUCAAUCACCACAAACUAGCUGUAGCGUCUUUUCUAGAUGCCAAAACGACAAAGACGUGGUUAUCAAAAAUAAUUCAUUAAGUGAAGCCAAUCAUGAUUUAACUUGUAAAUUCGGUAACUUGACAAUGAAUCAAGGAGAUGAACUUAAUCAAGCUACGGAUUAUAAUUCUGUGUGCGUAAAAUGUGUUUGUGAAGUGCCCCCCGUACUUACUUGUCAACGUUUACCUGAUGAAGAAUGUGACGUUUCAAAUCAUCCACCUUUUGAAAAUAAUUACUGAUGAAGACUAUAACACAUUAUUAAAAAUUAUAACAAUUGUAGCGAAAGAUAAUCUAAAGUUGUAACUCAUCUGUUAUGUGUGCAAUAAAUUA